AUGCAGUUCUCUGUUUCCGCCAUUUUGAGCGGUCUUGCUGCCACCGCAGCUGCGCUUCCAACUGAGAUGGUCCUUCAGAAGAGAGGUACCAUCUCUGCCACUCCUCAUGUUGAGUACAGCUCCAGUAUUGGCGUCCUCGGAUGCAAGAUCAACACCAACAGAGUUGCAUACUGGCCCAUGAGCGUUAGCUGUGAUAACCUGUGUGUCAAAGUUAGCCAUCAAGGCCGUUCUCUCCACCUCCUCCGGGUCGACCAGUCUGGAGGUGCCUACGACAUGAGCUAUGAUGCAUGGAACACUCUUGUCACCGGCAAGAACGCUACCGUUGGCCCAACCAUGGGCGGUGGUGUCGACAUGGAGUACGAGAGCGUCGACAUGGACGAGUGCUCACACCUUCUUCACGAUUCUGACGGCAAGCUUGCAUUCUCCGCCGCCAACAGCAUGAAUUUCAUCGCUUCCUGCAUCAGCGAGCCCAACAGCUGGGUUGCCAAGAACUACGGUCUCUGGAACAUUUACAACUCCAUCUGUACCAACGGUGUUGAUGAGCAGUGCACUUUGGACUUGAGCGUCAGCAACCAGCCUUCAUGCG